AUGAAUGCUGAGCUAAAACUUCUCAAAAAGAAAAAGGAACAUAUGAAGUUAGUUAAAGAUACGAAGAAGCAUACCGAGAUGGCUGAAAUUCUGAGUCCCUUUAUUAAUUCAUCUUAUGACGAUUUUAGGAAAGAGCCAAAUGACUUUCCAUUCUACAAACUUGAGCUCGCUGGAGGUGUUACUUCAGCUAGGCGAGAAAAUAUCAAACAAGUUGUAGAAUUUGUAGAAAAGAAAGGUUUUAGGAUAAAAUAUGGUGAUACCGAUUCCCUAUAUCUCACUUGCCCAGAUUCCUAUUAUGAAAAAUGCGAUUUAUCUUAUGAUACUGAUGGAGGCAUAAUUUUAAAACUAGAGUUAAAAACCAGAUCAGAUUAUCUCAAAAUGGCUUAUGAAGAAGUAUUAUUUCUGGUAGUAUUUACUGGAAAGAAAAAAUAUUUUGGCAUCUCCCAUGAAGAUACCCUAAACUUUAAACCGGAAGAGCUUUUUAUAAGAAAAAUCGAUACUGUGAAACAGGAUAAAUCCCAAAAACCUGAUGUAAACAACAAAGCUGUUCAGUGUUUUAUGGAACGAAUGAGAAGAAAAUGCGAUACUAAGAUUCCAGUACCAGAUGAGUGCUUUAGUUAUGUAGUAACUCAUCUAGACACGACUUUUGAUUUGCAUGGUAGAAAGUUAAACUCAACUAAAGGCGAGAAAAUGGAAUUUGUGAACGUAGCUAAGGAAUUGGGCAAGGAACAUAAGCUGAUCCCCUCGGAUAAAAUAAUGCAAAUUGAGGAUCCAGAUGAGAAAUAUAAGCAGAUAAACGAUUAUGCUCAAAAGAAGGCUAAGUUGUGGCUUAAGGGCUUU